UGGAGAGAGAGACAGACAGAGGAACACAGACAGACAGGAGGUGCAGGAAAACUAGUCUUCAUUUGUACAGGUGUCAGCACAGUGGACGGAGCUUGUAUACUAAAAAAACAUCUCAACCAUAGCAAUGACUUCACUAAGCAGUUUUCAGAUGCUCCUCUUGACUGUGAUCUGCAGCGUGUUGUGCUGCAGGACGUUCGCACUGCCUGCGAUCUCGCCAUAUCCUGACAUGAGAUCAGGUCUUGACGAAGACGUGGAAGAUGACUGGAGCAGAGACCCGUCACUACAAGAUCUAGAUGCAUAUAAACUCCUGUAUGACAUCGCAAACACAGUUGAGAGACCAUCGAGGCAUGCUGAUGGACUGUUCACCAGUGGAUACAGCAAACUGCUCGGACAACUUUCUGCUAAAGAAUAUCUGGAGUCAUUGCUUGCAAAAAGAGUCAGUGAUGACUUGGGUGUGGAGCAGAUGCCAAUUAAACGUCACUCAGAUGCAGUCUUCACAGACAACUACAGCCGAUACCGUAAACAGAUGGCAGCCAAGAAAUACCUCAACUCCGUUUUAGCGGGAAAAAGGAGGUGAUAUGGACUGCACUACGUCAUGCAUUCAACUCUUUCUCUAUAUUCAUAUUGUAUAUUCAAGCUUCUCUUUCAUGGGCUGAAACAGAAUUCACAAACACAACACAAACUGAUUUAAAUGACUAUAAUUCAGACUCUUCAGUAUUGCUGUAACAAAUACAGUUUUAACAUUUUGUGGUCUUUGUGUGUGUGUGUGUGUGUGUGUGUGUGUGUGUAUUGUUGACAAAGCUGUUAAAUCUAUCAAGAUCUUUUCCUUAUAAAUAAAU